UGUGACGACAUACUAUUCACGUAGUUAAAAUCAGAAACAAUUAAAAGUUCGUGAUGUUCCAAGUAGAAAUUUUUGUUAGAUCUUGAAACCAAAAUAUACCCUAAAUCUGUAGUUUUAUAGGCAGAAUCUUUGUUAGAUGUCAUGAUUUUACGGGCCAUUAAUCCUAUAAUUAAAUAUUAUGAUUGUAUGCAACAGGGAAUUUGUAUUGACAUCACCAAUCAUCAUGCCGUCGCCGACGAGAGCAGCACCUUUAAUUUUGUGAAGUCGUGGGGUUGUGCUAACAGAUUCGGAGACACUGAACCAUUUUAUCAAACACUUGCUACACAUUUCCCACUUCUUGAUCGAACUUUGGUUGAAGAUCCAAAAAGAUUAGAUUCCAUCGCCUUGGAGUUCAUCAAAAAUCGGAAUCUUCCAAUUGAGCUACCAUCUUCGGUGAAAUUUUCCACCAAUAGAAUUCGCACAACUUUUCUCCUAACAAAAAAUCAAGUGCAAAACCUCAAAAACCGUGUUUACGCUCAAAUGCCUAACUUGGGCUACGUUUCAUCUUUCACGGUGAUCGCUGCUUACGUUUGGAUUUGUAUGUUGAAAGCAGAGGCCUCUUCCGACGAAGAUGAGAUCGCUUACUUCGGUUUCGCCGCAGAUUGCCGUGGACGUCUGGAUCCACCGCUGCCGGAAUUUUACUUCGGAAAUUGCUUAGUUUUCGUGAUUGCAGAAUCUCGGCGCGGAUCGAUGAAGAAGAAGGGCGGAUUUCUGAUUGCUGUGGAGAGUAUACGAGAGGCGAUUCGAAGAAAUCUGUAUAGCGAUGAGGGAGUCCUCGAAACCGCCGAUUGGCCGCUGGAUUUCAAGAGAUUUAGUGGAAAAUGUGUGGUAUCAGUGGCUGGAUCACCGAGAUUUGACGUUUACGAAGCUGAUUUUGGGUGGGGAAAGGCGAGGAAGCAGGAAUUCGUGCAUCUUGAUGGGGAGGAGAGAUCGAUUUCGUUGGGCAAAUCUAGGGAUUUUGAGGGUGGAUUUGAGAUUGGGUUGUCGAGGAACAAGGCUGAAAUGGAUGCUUUUGAACAUGUUUUUCGUGAGGGACUUUGAGAU